GAGCUCUGCGACCCUUCUUCUCUUCCUCCUUAUGCCUUGACCAUGUCAUCCAGCAGCUGGGCGGCUGCACAGGAACGUAUUCUUGCCAGACAGGCCGCAAGACGACAGGAAGCCCUUGCCGUCCCUCAAUUAACACCAGUGCCCAAUCCCACAACCACAUUAGCCCGCCUCAGACACUCCUUGCACCCUAACGUGUCCUCAUUAUGGUCGACUCUCUUGGAAUCUGAAGGCACACGACCCGCUUUUCGAGUUGGUCAAGUUGACGCGGAAUUGCUGGAUGAAGAGCUUCUGGGAUUGUUGAAGUCACAAGUCGGCGAUGCUUUGAAAUACCUUGGGCCACAUCUCCAAGAUGACUGGUCGCAAGAGAUACUGUUGGGAUUGAGGGCUAUUCUGUUCAAGUUGUCCAUCUGGGAUCAUGACGCUUCCUAUGGCGCUGCACUGCAGAAUCUGAGAUAUACAGAUGCGCGGAAAUCCAGCCAAGCACUACCCACGCCGACAAAACCGCAAAAGAUCCUGUAUGGUUUGCUCACAGUGUUUGGAAGGUAUGGGUGGGACAAAUGGGAGGACUGGCUGAUUGAUCAAGAGAGAGGAUACACUGCUCCUUCGGAAACCAUACAGCAUUUGAUGCGACUCACCUCGUUCUUGUCCACCACCCACUCGAUCGCAGCCUUCUGCUCCUUUUUAGUGUUCCUCGUCAAUGGCCGAUACCGCACUCUCACCGACCGUCUUCUUCGGCUAAGGCUGGUCUCUCCUUCCAACCAAGUCAGCCGCGAAGUUUCAUUUGAGUACUUGAACCGACAGCUGGUUUGGCAUGCUUUCACCGAAUUCCUCCUUUUCUUGCUGCCUCUUGUCGGAAUCAGCCGCUGGCGAAGAUGGCUGACUCGCGCCUGGAAAAGGACGACAGAUGCCAUGAAGAGCGAAACUCUCGAUGUCGAUCCUGACGCCGUCAAGAGCGGACCUCUUUCCUUCUUGCCGGAGAGAACCUGUGCCAUAUGUUAUCAAGAUCAGAAUCCAACAACGACGUCGGAGGCCGAGGUUCUUGGUGCCAAUGCCGGCGCGGGAGGCGGAGUGAUUGGAUCUGCCACAACUGACAUUGUCAAUCCCUAUGAAACCAUUCCAUGCCACUGCAUCUAUUGCUUUGUGUGCUUGGCGACUAAGAUUGAAGCUGAAGAAGGCAAUGGAUGGUCAUGUCUGAGAUGUGGAGAAAUCGUGUACAAAUGUCAGCCAUGGAAUGGUGAUAUUCUGGUUGAGAAGAAGAGUUCCACCAAGUCUGGGAAAACGGUUGGCUUUUCGGUGUUGUCUGACGGCUUGGAGACAAAGGAAACGACACUCAGUUCCAGUCAAUGGACAAUGGCAGAGGAUGACCAAAGUGUCGACUCAGACGGUUGACCAAAGCAUCGAUGAUAUUGGACAACUGCGUUGAAAACACCCUGAAUGAAACCAACAGAUCAAGUGCUCAGCAGAUCUGAUAUGACCAAGCCCAACCCUGCAUGAUGUUGACAAGAAUAUCAAUGUUGGACAAAACAACUUCACCUAACGCCCGAACUCCCUCGCCACAGCAACCAGCCACGCAGACAAUAGUGGUUUGUCCUGGUCAGUGGACGUCACAGCAAGAUCGGUGGCAAAAAGGACUCUGGCACCAAGAGCGGAUUGAACCUGUGGCCCUUUCACCAUCACUUUAGACCUCACCCUCGCCGUCACUCGCCUCUGCUCAUUCCACCAGCUCUCUACCACUACACCAAUCCUCCCUCCCCCUUCCCAUCUACAAAAAUACCACCAUCCUACCACUACAAAAAACACAUCAACCGAAGUGAUCCGCGCCAUCCUCCCGGAGGGAUGUUUGCGAACUGGGCAUGACGAAGUCUAUACUAUUGUAUAAACCCAACUUGUGCUGCAUACAGAUACUCCCCCUAAACCUUCAUUGGACCGGCGACGAUUAUUUUCUAGGAUUACCAGGGGGGGGGCUUAGGUAGACGCAACUCAACUUUCGACGAGAGUCAAGUCUGGGCCUACCAAGACCACCUCCCUUGGAUGCUUCUUCGCCUGGUCCCAGACCGUAGACUACUUCAGCUCCCGGAUGUGAGGACCUCGAAAUCGAGGGCGGAUUCCCGGCCUGCUCAGGUUGUCCUGGGGUCAUGGUGUGUAUUUGUGAGUGGAUUUUCGGAGGGUGUAUUUGAUAUGGGUUUGUUUUUGCUGAACGUUACUGCCGGCAGAGUAGUGAAUUUACGGGGUUCCGGGUGAAGUGAGGUGUGGUGGAAAAGGGGGUGGUGGGUGAUAAAGAGUGUGGCAGUAUAUCUGGAGAAGAACGGAAAGGAGUCUAAAUACUGCCAAGAAAUGGCAACGUGAUUUGAGACAAUAUGAUAUGAUAUAAGAGGAGAAGAGAUUUUCUGCGUCAGAUGGGAAGUUCAUACUUGAAGCUCUCAGUGUGAUUCCCAUCGACUUGUGGGUUCCAACGACGGAAGUCAAUGAAGGUAGGUCAAGGAGUAGGGAGAAUCUCGUAAAGCAGAAAUGCAAAUAGUACUCUGAUCUAUCAUGGUCGUCGAUGUAGAUGGCAUUUAAUGAUACUUGAA